AGAGAUCUAGAAUCCUGAUUGUCAUUUUUACCUAAUCAGGUAUCGCUGAGUGACCUUCUGAUCCACCCCCUCCACUGACAGCUAGAACGCGUGGUUCUGUACCUGACAGGGCAUUGACCAAUGAUAGCAAACAUUUACUUGACUGACAACGCCAGGCUCCAAUUGUUAUUAGAAUUGGGUGGGUGCUGUGUGGGAGUGCUGUGGAAGACGGUUCGUGUGUGAGUGUGUGGAUUCUGCAAACGCCGGUUUGGGUCUCUGUCACUCUGUGUUUCAGAUUCUUAAAGCUGGAGUUUUUUCCCCCAGGACUGGCGUUAUGUCAUUACCGCUGGAAACAACUUUCUUCUCGGCAGCUGCCCCGCUGUACUGGCUAGGAGCUUUGACCGCGGCCUGGCUCUCCCUGCGCACCGGCAGCCUGCUUGCUACCGGGUUUCGUGUGUGGGUGUUGGGGAACGGUCAGCAGGUGGGACCGCAGCUCGGCAAGUGGGCAGUUGUCACCGGAGCUACAGAUGGAAUUGGAAAAGCCUAUGCCGAGGAGCUGGCUCGCAGAGGAAUGUGUGUCGCUCUCAUCAGCAGGUCCCAGGAGAAACUGGACCAAGUUUCCAAUGAGAUCAGGGAGAAGUUCCAAGUUGACACCAAGACUAUCGCCGUGGAUUUUGGACAGGGGGUUGGGAUCUACCAGACGAUCGAGAAGGGACUGGCAGGGCUGGAGAUCGGAGUACUGGUUAACAACGUGGGGAUCUCCUACAGCUACCCAGAGUACUUCCUUGAUGUCCCUGACCUUGGUAACAUGAUCAACAACAUGAUUAGCAUCAACGUCACGUCAGUCUGUCAGAUGACACGGUUGGUGCUGCCAGGGAUGGUGGAGAGGUCCAAGGGGGCCAUUCUGAAUAUCUCCUCUGCAAGUGGCAUGUACCCAGUCCCCCUUCUCACACUGUACUCCUCCACAAAGGCAUUUGUUGAUUUCUUCUCUCGAGCAAUGCAUGCAGAGUACAAGAGCCGGGGGAUCAUUGUGCAGAGCGUCCUGCCCUUCUUCGUGGCCACCAAGCUGAGCAAGAUCCGGCGGCCGACCCUGGACAAGCCCAGCCCUGAAGCUUAUGUGAAGGCAGCUCUGAGCACCGUGGGGCUGCAGGUCCAAACCAACGGCUACCUGCCUCAUGCACUGAUGGGCUGGGUGACCACAAGCCUGAUGCCAUUGCAGAUGGUGAUGAACUACUCCAUGAAGAUGAACAAAGGGCUGCGUGCUCGCUACCUGAAGAAGCAGAAGGCUCAGUAAAGAGGAAGAGGAGCUUGUGAAGGAAGACUUCAAACCGUGGGCCAAACUACUAUAAGAAAUACAUUUUAUGUUUUGCAAUAAUACACAACUUUUAAAUUCUUGCUUUGAGGAAUCUUAACCAUGGAGAAAAAUAUUCUGCUAAAAUAUUCCCAAGUGACCUCUGGGUUUGUCUCCUGUGUUUGUGUUACUGUGUGUUUGUCCAUUUCUAGCCUGUGUUGAGUGGACAGAUCGGUCCGCAGAAUGGUGGUAAACACAAUGUAUGCUGAGCCUUAUGAUCUAUGAUCAUAUGGAAUGUGGAAUUGUACAGAUUUGAAUAGGUUUGCAUAGUGAUACAGUAGCUGUGUGUGUGUGUGACUGACGCUACAUAAUUUUUAUACAGACUACAGUUUCUGCUGCAUUCUUGUCUAUAGAAGCUGUGUGUGGUUUUUUCUGGGUCUCUGAAUAUUGAAUAAGGUGCCGCUGUAGCAUUUUAUUGUACGCUAUCAUUACAUUGCAUUCACUGAUUAUAGACAUUGUAAACCAUAUGCAAAAAACAUUGUCAGCCCGUACCACACCACUAUAAAAGAUUUACCUAUGCAGUUAUAAAAUGUCCAACCUGCUACUGUUGUACACACUUUUCAAAAUGAUGCAAACACAAACUACCACCAAUAUCCAAUUUAUUACAUGAAACCGUAUAUCUGUAGUACGAAUUUAGACAGAAAUCCUGACGGAAUCAACGUGUAUUGUAUGGUAAGUCUGUCUUUCAGUGCGGCUGCUGUUACUGAAUAUCAAUCUUGCUUUUCUUGAUAUAUUAACUAUACAGUAAGUGCACCCCAAGUCAGGAGACUGUUUGCAGAUUGAAAUUAUGGGAAUACGUGUCAUAACAAACUAACAAUUACAAGACAGGGCUCCCGAGUGGCGCAUCCAGUAAAGGCGCUCCUCGCAGGAUGUGCCCUAUAGCCUGGAGAUCGCUGGUUCGAAUCCAGGCUAUGUCACAGCUGACCGUGACUGAGAGUUCCUAGGGGGCGGCGCACAAUUGGCUGAGCGCUGCCCGGGUAGGGAGGGCUUAGGUCGGCAGGGGAAUCCAAGGCUCACCGCGCAUCAGCGACCCCUGUGGCCGAUAGGGCGCCUGUGGCUCUGCAGAGGAGUGUUGUCCUCCGGCACUAUAGGUCUGGUAGCAUUGCUGUGGAUCUGCAGUGCGAAAAAUGACGGCUUGGAAGGAGCACGUUUCGGAGGACGCGUGUUUCAGCCUCCGUUUCCUGAGUCGGCGGGGGGGUUGCGAGCGGUGAGCCGGGGAUACAGAUAAUAAUUGGGCAUGCUAAAUUGGGGUGAAAACCGGGGUAAAAAUAAUUGGCGACGACUAAAUUUAUAAAAAAAAAAAAAAAACAAUUACAAGACAACCAACAUUUAUCACCAUUGAGUCCAAGUCUGACCCUUUUUGUCACUACUCUACAUGUUUUGGAUUUAGUGCUUCUGACUUCCAGUCUUGACCAUUUUUACAGGAAGUCUUUAGAAGACUUCUCUGGGUGUACUGCACCUUCCGCUUGGAGUGAAUUUGGAUUGUGUGUGUGUGUGUAUAUAUAAAGAGUAAAGAUGCAUCAUCUAUUUCUGAUGACCAGGGACUCUAAAACAUGUCCUCUUUCAAGGAAAUAACAGUACAAACACAUAGUACAAAUUAUUUAAUACUGUAGUGUUUCAAAUCCAUAUCGGCGUAUGAGUCUGAUCCACAUUCCAGAAAUGUCCUGGUAUGAGAUCACAAUACUGAUUUAAAUGGAACUUGCAGAAGAAAACCAACUGCAAUUAACAAACGCAGUGGCCAUUGAUGAUCCAGGCAGCCACACAGGAGGGUAAACAGAUGCUCUGGGCCAUAUUUUCAGCCUUUAAUUAGAGGUACAAUAUCUAACAUUAAUUUUACAUAACUGGAACCAAACAACCAUGUUAUGUAGUUCACAUUCUUUUAAGCACUCAGGAUGUUUUGUUUUUCAUUCUGUGAAAUGAACAUGUUUUUUCUCCUUUCAAAAAUAGGAGUUAAUAAAUGGAGGAACCUGCAUCCACCCUGGGUUACACAUUGAAAUCUGGCAAACUAAAUGUAGUUAAGAAAGCUGCUAUAUUGUGGGCAGACAAGGGCUUUGGCUAAUGCAUUCCUUACUGUAGUGUUCGACUUGCUUUUAGUUUUAGUUAUUUUAAUGGAUGAUUUCUAGGAACAGAUUAUGCAUCUUUACUGAAACAUGCUGAGUUUAUAGCAGUGAAAUAAACACAAAACCGAUGCAAUGGUGCUGAUGUACAGCUUCCCGAUGGGAAAGUCACUGGGUGUAAAGGGUGACGUGUGUGGUGUUGGUUCUGAACUUUAACUGUUUGUCUGUAGUGGAAUGCUGGAUGUUUAGCUUGGAGGCUGCCUGUGAGUUAUCACUUCGUGAAUGUAGGCUUUCUUGUAUGGAUUUGAGGUUUCCUAACAAUAAAACAUAAUCUGAAAA